AUGAGCAUGAGAGUGCUUGAUUAUAUUCACUCGAAUGUGUGGGGGCUAGCACCGGUCAAAUCAUUGGGUGGAGCUCGCUACUACGUCACAUUUUUGGAUGAUUUUUCUAGAAAAGUUUGGGUCUAUUUCAUGAAGGAGAGAUCUGAGGUCUUCACCGAAUUCAAGAAGUGGAAGGCAGAAGUACAAAACCUUAUGGGAAGGAAGAUCAAGAUCCUAAGAAUGGAGAUAAGGAGGAGAAUAUAA